AUGCUAGAGGAAAAUAACCCUAGCCUGCUACUGGAUGAUGUGCAACGCAUUCUACGAAUAUUUACGUCGAACUUUCCGGUUUUUGUUGCCAAAGAUAAAAUCAAAUACGCUUAUAAAUUAGCAAGAGAAACAAUUGUUUCUGAGACCAGCAUACAUGUGGAUCGUAUUACUCGGAAAAAGACUUGCGGUAUCUGUUUGGAUGAAGAUAUCAAUGCUGAUCAGAUGUUUUCUGUCGAUAAAUGCCGUCACCGGUUUUGCUCCGAGUGCGUGAAACGAUAUAUAGAAGUGAGGCUACUAGAGAGAAGUGUGUUGCGAUGUCCUCACCAUCGCUGCAAGUCGAAGCUGAGUUUUGGGAGAUGUGAUCAUCUUUUGACAGCUAAACUAAGAGAGAUGUUGGAAAAAAGGAUCAAAGAGGAUUCUAUUGCUGUAACAGAGAGAAUUUACUGCCCAAACCCGAGGUGUUCAGCUUUGAUGUCGGAAACGGAGAUGUUAAAAUCUACUAAAAAAUCUGGAGUUAGGAGAUGUUGCGUCCAAUGCAUUGAACCGUUUUGCAUCCACUGCAAAGUUCCAUGGCAUGAUAACAUGUCGUGCGACGAUUACAAGAGGUUGCAUUCGGAUGAACCUACUACAGACGAUGCAAAGCUAAAAGCUCUAGCAAAUCAGAAAAGGUGGCGUCAAUGCGGAAAGUGCCAACACAUGAUUGAACUUUCUAAAGGAUGCGUCCGCGUAAGGUGCCGAUGUGGACAUGGGUUUUGCUACCAAUGUGGAGCUGAACGUUGCACACAUGGUCAUGCAUUUCCUCGACCGCCACCACCACCUCCACGGCCAUUACCGCCAGGAUUUUGGUUACACAUUCUGUCCGGUGUUUUCGGUAUCGUUAUUCUCGUUGGGACAGUGUUGUUUAUUUGUAUGCAGGGCCGGCUUAUAGGGUAG